ACACGUGAAGAAUGGAAGAAUGACAAUAUGGCGCAUAUGGUUCAGAAAAAUAGAAGCAAGUGUAUAAAGACUUUUUACGUAAAUGUUGUUCCAAAUAUACUUCUCACGUGCAUGCCAAGAGAAAAGUUGAGUUUUAACAGAUUUUGAAAGCGCGAGAAACUGAUUUGAGAGGGAAAUGCCGUCAAUGGUGACAUGUAUUACAUGGUUCAGCCGUGGUGUGGCCAAAACUGUGCCAGAUAAGGUUGAACUAUCACAGGGAGAAUUGGAGCAGCUUAUUAAUGAGACAAUAGACAAAAUAAAAGCAAAAGAAGGUGAUGAAUACAAUGAAGACAAGCUGAACACAGAAAUAUCCAACUUACAGUACCGUGAUCAAGAACAGUCUGAUAACUCUGACAAUGAGGAAAAUACCAUCCUUCAAGAAUACGAUUUUGAUAAUUAUGAUGACGAAGGAGAAGGUGUUGUCCUGACAGGUGCAGGAAUGGCUGGACUGACGUACUUUCUGAAUAAUGACGAUGAUCCAUACAUCACUCUUAAAAACUCGGUCUAUGCUGGGAAAUAUACGAUCCACACAGCCAUCUACUUACUGAUAAGACAUCGUUAAAAUUAAUUAUGAUAGAGUUAUAUUUGGUCUACUUUUCUGUCUACCUUUGUGUCAUUGGAUACUAUCAAUUUCUUACACGACCUAAUAAUCAAUUACAUUGUAAUCGAUUACACGAUUACAUUAAACGAUAUAAACUUUUUCAAAUUUUGCUCAUGUCGUCUUCUAUGAGAAAAAUACAUUUCAAGUAUCGUAUAUGUCGUCUACUAAGAGAAAAAAACUUUUUCAAUGUCUUUUAUGUCAUAAUUUUUAAGAAAAUGUUUUAAAGUUUUAUUAUAGUUCUGUGAGAAAGGUCAAAAUAAAUUGUACGACGAAAUGAGAGACGAAACUCAAAA